GUAGCAGUGUGUGUAGUUUUCAGAUGGUCUGUUUGCCAGCAUCUCUAGUCUGCUCAUUUCACAGUCUGGUGAGCAGACAGCAGGCUGGUGUUGUCAGUGGCCGUGAGGUGCAGCUACAUUGUGGAUCCAGAUACACAACACUGAUAAAUGAGCUAACUGCUUCCCUGCCAGGCCCUCGCUCACCAGGCCCUCGCUCACCAGGCCCUCGCUCACCAGGCCCUCGCUCACCAGGCCCUCGCUCACCAGGCCCUCACUCACCAGGCCCUCACAAGGAGCCUUCCAGCUCCUCUGACUGCUUUUUGUUGUUGAGUUUUUUCUUGUCUUCUCUUCAGGUUUAGGUAAAGGGUUUAGGUUGGUUAUAGGUGCUGAUCUGAGGGCAUCAGUGAAACCUCUGUGACUUUGCUUGUAAAAAUGGCUGUAUAAAUAAGAUUUAGAUUUAGUUAUCUCACAGCUAAUGAGAUUCCGGAACAGAAAUGAGUCUAAUCAGUGCUGAUUAAAUCCAACUGAACCGUGUCCAUUGUGAGGUAAUAUCCACACUUGUACAACCUGCAGACCUGCAACUGCAGAUCAAGAGGUUUCAGGUUCAAAUCCCGCUCUCACUUUGAAUAAAAUAAUCUCAUAAAAGUGUGUGUGUGUUCCUCCAGGUACACAACAGGGUGUCCAGGAUGCUGAGUUAACGCUGCCAGGCCCGAAGGAAGACAGCAGGCCUCCAGACCUCCCACAUGGCAGCAUUAGGGAACCCCGACAUGCUGACCCGGAAGAUCAGGCUUUGGGACAUCAACGCCCACAUCACCUGCCGUCUGUGUGAGGGCUACCUGAUCGACGCUACCACGGUUACCGAGUGCUUACACACCUUCUGUAGAAGCUGUCUGGUGAAGUACCUGGAAGAGAACAAUACUUGCCCCACCUGUAGGAUCGUGAUUCACCAGAGUCAUCCUCUGCAGUACAUCGGCCAUGACAGAACAAUGCAAGAUAUUGUCUACAAGUUGGUGCCGGAACUUCAAGAAGCGGAGAUCAAGAAACAGAGAGACUUCUACCAGAAGCUGGGCAUGGAGGUGCCAGGAGACAUCAAAGGAGAGCUGUGUCACAUGAAGCCACACCUAGAUCCACAACGCAAUGGUGACGUGAAGUCAGAAGACACAGCCAAUAAGGAGACGGCAGAGGAGAAGCCCGAGGAGGAUAACGACUACCACCGGAGUGACGAACAGGUCAGCAUCUGUCUAGAGUGUAACAGCAGUAAGCUCCGCGGCCUGAAGCGUAAGUGGAUCCGCUGCUCAGCUCAGGCCACCGUCCUUCACCUCAAGAAGUUCAUCGCCAAGAAGCUAAACCUCACAUCGUUUAACGAGCUGGAUAUUUUAUGCAAUGAAGAAAUCUUGGGGAAGGAUCACACUUUGAAAUUCGUCGUAGUGACAAGAUGGAGAUUUAAGAAGUCGCCCCUCUUGCUGCAUUACAGACCUAAAAUGGAUUUACUGUAGUGAGAUGGUGUUUGCUCUUGGCCCAGUGGCCCUGGACGGUGCAGAAUCGAACCAUUUAUGCAGAGACGAUCAAACAUCCAACACCAUGCAAACUCUCCCAGAAGAAAACCACAAAAGCCAGCACACAGAAACAACCUCCUACACAGUUACUGCUACACUGGCGCUUUUGGAACAGAACAACCCUUUUUUUUGUCCGCUACGUCCUAGAUAUGUGAAAAAAUUUGAGAGAAAGCAUAUAUUUAUACUUUUGUACAGAAGAGAGACAAGGAUCCAAGACGCUACUCCAGCUCUGUUUACACGUGAACAAGAUGUCGACAAAUCGUGCUACCGUCUUUUAAACUUAACACUUACUCCUAACUGAGGAGGGAAAAGGUGAGGGGGAGUUUUUAAACAGUUCCUUUUUCUUUUUCAGGUCACAUUCACGUCUUGGGAGCACAGAAAGUAUAUAAAGUUAUAUAAAAAUGUUAUCUUUGAAGCCGUUUAUUAACAUUGUCUCUGAAAUCUUUGCGUUUUUUAAAUUUGCUUUUGGUUCUUGACCGUCAAUUGUGAAUAGGCUAAAUUUUGUGUAGUAAUUUAUGUUCUAUAUACCAAUAUUGUACAUAAAAUGUCAUAAUGUGAGAGAUUGAAAAGACUUAAGAAAGAGACUUUAGACUGUUUGGAGUUGCUCCCUGAAGUGCUAUCUAUGUGUUGGCCUACUUGUAUGUAGCGUGAGGGUGAACUAGAGUUCUUCAUGCAAAUCAGGCACAUUAACAGUAUAUAAAUAUAUAUAAUGGCAACUUUGUUGUCUAUGAAAGUCAUGAAACAAACAUGAAAUAUUCUGUAAUGUAAGAAAGGGUUAUAUGAUGUUGCGUUGCUACGAAGGCAACCGAUACAUCUGAGCAUUAUUGAAAACAAGUCUGCAUCAAAACUUUUCACCCAGUUCUCCCCGUUUUCAGUUAUACCAUUCACUGUUACUGAAUCAACAUGGCCGUCAAACACUAUAACACAGAGACAUCCUUCAUGUCUUCUGAGAUUUUGCCCAAACCUGCCUGCGGGGCUCGCAAUGCAAUACAUGCACCGUGGAACAGGCAGAGAAACAAGCGGUGCUGUUGAUUCAAUCUCUUUAGGUAUUCAUGCCACAGUCCUUAUUAUCCGUCCUCUUGUCUAUACCCUCCCUCCUCCGUAAUUCCUAGCUAGCUAGCUAGCAGCCUUGCAUUGAGGAAACGAAUCCGCACGCACGCGAUGCCCCAGUCACCCAGCAACUUACGGGGCUAAAGUCUUACUCCUUAGAAUGUAUUUCCUCUGGGUCAUCCUCUAUUACCUGAUACAGAGCUUUCUGCUCAAGUCUCCAGUGCUACCUUUAGUGCCAAAGGUAUAGAUUCCUCUGGAUGCUCUCCCGUAAUUUGCGUGACGAGAUAUAAAUGAAAGUGAUGUUCAGUCCCACAGCGAGGAGUGUGUGUAUUUAGCAGUCUAGAUUCAUGAGCUUUGGAAACAUCGACCACAUGAAUUCAGGUAUUGAAAAGUGAAUUUUUAACCUCGUUAUUGAAAUGGACUGCCUUUUGGUAGGCUUUGGUGCUUUUUUGAGUCCAUGAACUUUGGAGGAGAAUUUGUCUCUAUGUAUAACGACCAACCUAUUAACAUUGUUCGUCAUAACUGGACCCCUUUAUUACGUUUCAGACCUCAGAUAGUUACCUCACUAGUGAUAAAGACCACUGUUGUUUACCCCAUAAAUAUUCAGAAACGGUUCUAUGGCCUGCAUAUCGAAUUAGUUUCAUACAGAUCUCUACCAAACCAGCUUAACCAAAACUAUUUUCAUUUGGUUAAAAGUCCCCCCCCCCCCCCCCUCUGAGUGCACAAUGAUAAUUUUUUUUCUUCCUGCAUCUUCAUUAACCCCCCCCCUACACGGGUCACUUAAAUGUCUUACAGCGAGAAACAUUUUAUAUGCAUCCAGUCAAACCUUUCCUGUUACCUGCAGAUUUCACUAACUAAUGCCUGCGAACUCUGCAUUCACAACCUCUUAUCAUCAGAUGUUGAUCAGAUGUUUUCAUCGUUUGUCCAUUUUUGUAUUUCAAGCCCAUAAAUAUACAUUAGUCUGGGGGAAAAAAGCAUUAUGUCGACACAAGGUGCUAUUGUAUUUACUCGUUGCUCAAGGCAAAGAAAGUUCAGUGCGGACACUUGGUACCAUCAUCUUGACGUACCAAUGGCUUCUGCGUGUGUAAUCAGAACAAAACGAAUUAGUUACACUGUGUGGGUCUGUAUUUUUAUUUUUUAUUUUUUAUUUUCUUGUUUUGUACUGUUCAGGGGCCCUGUGAUGUGAUCUCUGGGAGAGUGGGUGGUGGUGGUGCAGGGGUGGGGGGUCUUAUUUUAGGGGCUUUGCCACAAUGAAGACUGGGGUCUCUUUCUCCCUUUGAAGCCAGCUAUGGUGCUAACUCGUUAGUGUUUUUGUGACUAUCCGGAGCAGCUUUAGGGUUGAACGGUGGCUUGUUCUAAAGUGUUCUAAAGUCUCUACUUUGAGAUAUUUUCGCCUACGUGCUGAAGUGCUGAUGCAUCCUCUGUCGGGACAUCCUCUCUUGUCAAAGCCGUCUCUCAGCAGUGAAAGAAGGCGCUGCCCUUUUUCUUUUUGAUUUGUUUGGCUUGCCCAGCGGUCCUGGCAGUCUCGGGGAACGACACGUGGAGAAUAGCAAAGAACAUUUGAGACUUUGAAAGGGUUUGUUUUAUUGAAAACAAAACAGAACCACAGAAAAUGCAGCCGUGACUUCUGCUUCCCACUUUCAUGUCGGGUUAUUUUUCCUUUGACCCUCUGCUCUGCCUGGAGAAAAUGUUGAGGCAUCCUGGUAGACUUUGUAUCGGAGCUCUCUCCCUCACUCUCUGCAGUGUGUAUUUGUCUUAGCCUGCCAGUGGACUCGCUAGAUCUCCCUCCUCCCUGACUUCUAGGCGGUAGACAAGGCGAGGGGUGUUUGGAAGUCCACGUGACUGUUGUCGUUUAAAUGUUUCCAAAGUUCCCUUCCCAGAGCCUGGCGCGCUCUCUCAUGGUGAGGUGUUGGGGGUGAUGCAGGCCCGUCCGUUCCACCUCCUGAGCUGUGGACGGAUUGAUGUUCACGCUUUUAUCAGCCCCAACAUGGAGACAUCAGUGCUGCUACACUUGACAGCCAACCUAAGAGGCUUACAGGAUCCCUGACAGACUGGGUUUGGUAUCCAGGCUGGAAGGCUGCCAGAUGGGAUGGAGACACAGGGGUGGGGGCCUGUCCAGGCCUGGACUCAGACCCUUCCUCUCUGUUUCAACCUCGUCUAGCUAGAGAACUUGACCUGGAAACAGUGUCAUUGCUGUCACUUGCACCUGCACGGAGUAGCACCAGAAUUAUGGUCCUACCGUCCCAUCCCGAGGGGAAGGACAGUCUAUUUGGGGAGCUUUCGCAAGAGUUCCGAAGCCUAAUGAAGUCCUAACAGAGUAUUUACCUGAAACUCUUAUUUUGUACCCAAUCAGGACAUGUCACCCAGGUGAUCCCCAGAAUGUCAGCAUGUCUCCAGGUUGUUUACCUUCCUUCCUAAUAACGCUCUCCACUCCGGGGAGCAAGAUUCCAGUUUGUCUGUGUGAGGUUCCAGAGCUUGCUCUAAACCUCGGUAAUCACCCCGUUGGCCAGGCAGUGUGAGCGGGGUCAUUCACAUGGCCAGCCUGGAUGAAACACAUUCCAGAGACACACUCUGGUUCAUCUGGGUGAAACAUAUACUCCACACACACACACACACACACACAUACAUUUGUUUCUUCUGGGUGAAACACAUUCCAGACACACACUCUGGAUCGUCUGGGUGAAACAUAUACUCCACACACACACACACCCACACAUCGGUUCUUCUGGGUGAAACACACUCCAGAAACCCAAUUCGUCUGGCCACGGUGGUCAUGCCCCACUGCACCCUCUCAGCAGAGCUGGCUGGCAGUAGGCUGAGCCAGGCAGAAAAGCUCUCUGUCACAUUCCCAUGGGCACCACUGCUCUUACAGAGGCAAGUGCCCGGAUAAACUCCGGAACACCUUUUUUUUUUUUUUUUUUUUUACAUUUCAUCAAGAGAUUAGAAUUUCAAUUGCCUGUUUCGAAGCAGUGAGAGAAAAUUGGCUGACUUUGUACAGGAAUAGGUAAGUCUCAUGAAUGGGGAAAUCUGCUGGCUCUGGCAUAUUCUCAAGUUUAGGGAAAGAGAUCCUCAGUUACUUAACCUUCACAGUGGCAGGCCCCUCGUGAGCCAUACAAUACAUGCUGACAACGUUGUAACAUCUGUCUGAAUUUUGUAUUAUUUGUAUUUAUUUAUACUGUAAAGAUGAUUCCUGCAGCAGGUUAUUUGUUGAUUUUUUCUAAGAGAUUUGCUGUCCUUCCUUGUGCUCAUUAACUUCUAAUGAAUGCGUGCGAGAUUCGAUUCAUUAGAUUUUGUGAUUUAAAUUAUAACUCCACUCCCUUUUUGUAUUAUUGUGUGAACCUGUCUGCUCAACGCUCUGUAAAAACAAACAAGCAAACUGUGUUCCAUUUUGGUCAAGGUUUGGCAAAAAAAAUGAAAAAAGAAAAAAAAUCUGGCAAUGUGGUUACUUGUAUUUGCAAGGAAAAUGUGCAAUAUACGGUUCUCUAAUGGCUCCAGGUUUCAAACUCAAUUUUGCUUCUUUUUGUUUUUGGGGGCUUUUUCUUUCCUGUAAAUUCCUCAGGUCACUAACUGCCUUCCUGGCAGGCUCAGAUCACACUAAUGCACCUGAACUAUGAAAUUGGUAGAUUUAGGUUUGGUCUUGUCUCUCCUCAUCAUUGUUUAUAAUUUUGUGUGUUUUUUUGUGUGUUUUUUUUUGUUGACAAAUGUUCCUCUGGUUUGUUUUCCGGGUUAAACACAGGCACUUAUUCAGGUGUCCUUUUCCUUGCAGCUUUUUGUAAUAUAAAUAUUUAUUGCACAUGUAAUAAAAUGGGUUUCCAUUGCCACAUGAAAGGAGUUUUAGGUCAACAACGGGGCUGGAAUUUCUUACAUACUACAAUAUUAAAGGGGCUUUUUUUUGUUGAAAGCCUUUAGUGUGUAUUUCAUCAAUAAAUGCCUUUUAAAGAGUGUCUAGUGA